AUGAACGUACCCGAAGCGAUUAGCGAAGGAGAGGAUUCUGAUGAGAAUGAUGAUGACGGGAAUGACCCUAUUACACUGAUUGAGGCGGAGUUUGUACUUGAGAGUCAGCGUCGGCCUAUGAUUACAGUUCCAAGUGCGGGUAAACGACAGAGAAGUCUCUCCGUUGAUAGUGAGGACGAGACAAGCCCUCAUCUGCAGAUAAAGGUGGCACUCAGAGGCGCUCUGGACUAA